AUUGUGAGUAAUGGCAGAUCCUCGUAUUAAAACCCUUCGAAUUAAAACUGGAAUCGUAAAGCGUUUGACAAAGGAGAAAAUAAUGUAUGAAAAGGAUGCAGAUGAACAGCGACAACGGAUUCAGAAAUUAAAAGACGAAGGAAAAGACGAACACGAUAUUCGUAAGCAGGAGGAAGUGCUACGGGAAUCCCUUUUUAUGGUUCCUGACUGCCAGCGACGAUUGGUAAAGGCAUUCGAUGAACUGAAAAUUCUUCUGGAAACAGAAGCGGCUCUGAGCGAGUCAGAAGAAUAUAUUUCAGCGAAGAAGAUUCUUGAGGAAGCAGAGCUGGAGCUUGAAAACCCUGUAGCAUUGUAACACUUCUGUUGAACUG